AGGAUAUUGAAGUAGUUUGGAAGGUAGUAUUAUUGUAGGUAGGUACAUAAUUAAAAAUAUUCGCACUUGUAAAUUUUAUAGAUUACAGCAAAAUACAAAUCAUAACAAAUUGUAGAAAACAGUAAAAAAAUUUAACUAUUAUUACCUUUAAUUUAUUAUAGGUAUACGUAAUUCAAGGUUGAUCAAAUUAAACAUAAAUAAAAUAUUAUUAACGGAAUGCUUAGAUUGCUCGAUAAAAUAAAAAAUCGAUAUUAUUAAUAAAAAACCACAAUAGUUUAUUGAACUACAUUUUUAUUAUUAACAAUUUCGUUACAAAUACAAAAAAUGUUUAAUUAACGACUAUAGUUAUGAAAAUUGGUGGGUAUCCAGAAAUUUAGAUUUUUGACCGGUCCGCCUUUCAAUUCGAGGACAAUCAAACAGCUGUUUAUGAUAGCGUUUGCACGUUGAUAGUUUUGAGUUUUUGACAUCCUCAGAGAAAAAAUGAAUUUUUUUUCGUUUUAUAAAAUACAAAUGUCGUGAUAAAAUUUCUUAUAUUUUAUUUGAUUAUAAAUAAAAUAAUAUACUUAUUUUAUUUAAAAAAGGAAAAAUUGGUAAAAUAUAUCUUAAAAAGUAACGUUCAGAAUGACCGUUGUAACCUACAAUUAAUAUGACCACAAAAAAACCAUGUGGUACCUAGGUAUCAUGUUAUCGUGUUAUCGAAAACUGUAGCACCGUGUUUCUCUGUAUUGCGCCAAAUAUUAAAUAAUAAAUUAAAACAAGUGAAAAUAAAAUUUCGUCAUUAUAAACUGAUAGGUAAUUAAUAUUAUACAAAAUUUGAGCUGUGUAAUUUUGCUAUUAAUUGCUAAACAGUUAAUAUACCUAGUAUUUUUAUUUAAAUUUUGAAAAUAAUUGUAGUUUUUUUUAUUAUAGAUAUUCAGCGUUGAUAUUGUUGAAAAAUAGAAAGAUGAUGAGAUCAAAGGUAAAUCAAGAUAUAUUAUUAUAUGUAUGUGGUUUAGCAUUUGAUUAAUGGGUAUAAUAUAGUAAUUGUGUGAGGUUUAAAUUUGUAUUAUUAAUAUUUUUUCAAUAUUAUAUUACCUAUUUUAUAAAUGAGAAUGUCUAGGUUAGGUUAAUUAACCACUUAACUUAUAUGUAUAUUGUCAUUUUCAUUAAUUUGUGGUUAAUUCAUUGAGGGUUCAACCCCUUUCCGAAAUGUAGUAUGACUAUUUUAAAUUAGAGUAUAAUGAUAAAAUAUUAAAUGAUUUAAUUAAAAACACCUAAAAAUGUGUUCUAGCAUUGGUAAGUUUGUAUAAUUUUGUUUGGAUUAAUUAAGUAUAUUGGUACCUACAUAGGUAGUUAAUAUUUCCUUAAAAUUUAAAAUAAUAAAAGUACAUAAGAUAUUUUAAAUUUUCAUUUUAUUCUAAGUAAAAUAUUACUGAUUUUAUAAAUAUUUUGCGUUUAGAGGAAAUAUUAAAAUCAUCUAUGUUAUAAGAAAUAAAAAUAUUUGCUAAAUGCAAUAUGACUUUUAAUUCACAUUAAACAAUCAAUUUUAAAAAUAUUAGGUAACAUACCUACAUAUGUCAACAAUUUUUUAAUUUAUCUAUUUUAAUAUCUGUUUAAUAUUUAUGAUUUAAAUUUAAAUAUCAAAUUGUUUAAAUCCCACACGAGUUGGUUUAACUAUAAUUACAUUUAUAAUGUUUAAAUAACUUAAAUAAUAAUAUUAACCUUUUUUAAAUACCCUUUUUAAAAAAAUUACUUUAAUUCAUUUUUAUGUUUUAGAUUAUUUCAAAUGUUUACAAAAGUACUCAAUUUAUCAAGCAACUUAAUCGUCAAAAUUAUACGCAAGAAACAGCACCACUACCUAAUAAAAUUGAAAAAAGUUAGUUUAUGUCUUUAAAUUUAUCGUAUAAACUGGCAUAUAUCAUUCAACUGUUCAUAAUAUUCUUUUCAGUACAAUAAAAUAUUAAUUGUAUUAAAAUAAUAAAUUACAAAACUACUAUUUAAUUUAAAUGACUUACUAUGUGAUUUUAAUUGUAAAAUUAGCUUUAAUUUAAAGUUCAUGAAUUUACUAGUAUAACUAUUUUUCUUAUGUAUUUCUAAACUAGGUACUGUUUUUAAAAAAGGAAAACUAGUUAAAAUUAUUAAUGUGAAAAAAUAAGAUUUUAUAAAUAAUUUUAUUAUUGAUGUUUGUACAUGUAAAAACAUCAGUUUUUUCUACAUAAUAAUUGUAAUAAUAUAAUAUCAUAUAUUUUUGCUAGCUAUAAAUAAAGUCACACUUUUGGGACGAGUUGGUGCAGAUCCACAGAAACGAGGUACGCAAGAACAUCCAGUCGUUGUAUUUUCAUUGGCUACACAUCAAAACUUUUUUAACAAUGAUGAAGGUUGUAUUAAAUACUGUUUAUUUUAUUGUAUUUUUAUUAUUAUUAUUGUUUGAUUGUUAGAAAAUUCUCAAAAGACUGACUGGCACCGUGUAGUCGUAUUCAGACCUGGACUACGUGAUACUAUAUUUAAUUAUCUCCAAAAAGGUCAGCGCGUACAUGUUAGUGGACGAAUAAUGUAUGGAGAAUUGAAAGAUGAAUCUGGUAGUUCUAGAACAACUACGUCAAUUGUAGCUGACGAUGUCAUAUUUUUUAAUGGAAACAAUAAUUAAAAUAAUGUGUUUGAAUUAUAUUUAAUUUAAGUUUUUUGUUUAGACUGUAGAGAAGAUACUCAUUAUUCUAACUAACAUUAAAAUAUUCCUAUAAGUUUUUUUUUUAUGUUAUUUAUUUAAAAUUAAAAUUUUUCUUUUAAAUAAUUACUAUGUGAAUAUCAAGAAAUUCAAAUUAAUAUUAAAAUCUAAGUUUUUUUAUUUAUUGUUAUAUCUGUGAAGAAAAAAAGUAACACUGAUAAAGGCUAAACUUAAAUCCAAAUAGAUUUUUUUUUGAGCCUAUUUUGCUUUUCAAUAUUCUUUAAAAGUUUAGUCCUUUAUAGUUUAUGCAUUUAUUAAACAAAUCUAUACUGACUGAAAUAUAAAGUAAAUAUUAUACUUGUUAUCUAGUUACAAAUAAAUUAAAUAUAUUUCUAUAAAAAUAUAAUUCUAAUUCUUUUAAUUUAGCAAAAAGCAAGUGUGGGCAAUUUAGUCAAAAGGCCGUUAUAAUGCACUCAACUGUUUCAUACAAGCAUGUCGUUGACAAAUUGAUUUUGUAUACUUUAAAUUAUACGAG